AUGUAUUACAUGAUCGCGUCGUUCAACUCCACCUUCCCGUGGGAGACGUGCGACAAUUGGUGGAACGACGCGUCGUGCGUGACCGGCAAGGAGCACACCAAGAUGUUGGAGGCGAUCAAAGCGCACACAAAUCACACGCAGACCUCCGUCGAGCAGUACUGGGAACGACGCGUCCUGAUGGUGACCGAUUCGAUCGAGGAUUUCGGUGGAAUCCAGUGGGAAUUGCUGGGGCUGAUGGCAGUCUCGUGGGUGAUCGUCUACUUUGCGUUGUGGAAGGGUAUCACUAAUGCACGGAAAUUUGUCUACUUCUGCGCCCUGUUCCCCUACGUGUUGAUCGUUGUCCUGUUGCUGCGCGGGUUGACACUCCCCGGUGCCGCCAAGGGAAUCUCCUACUACCUGACCCCGAACGCCACCAAGUUGAUGGAAGCUACAGUGUGGAAAGACGCCGGCACGCAAGUGUUCUACUCCUACGGUGUCGGUUUCGGUACGCUGAUUGCCCUCGGCUCGCACAACAAGUUCAGCCACAACUGUUUCAGGGACGCCAUCAUGAUGUGCUUCAUCAACGGCGGCACCUCUAUCCUAGCCUCGACGGCCAUCUUCUCCAUUCUCGGCUUCAUGAGCGAGGCGUCGGGCAAAGAUAUUGCGGAUAUUGUCAAGCCCGGCGUGGGGCUGGCCUUUCUGGCGUACCCAGAAAUGGCGACAAAUCUGCCGAUGAAGCAGCUGUGGGCCUUCCUCUUCUUCUUGAUGAUCACGAUUUUGGGGUUGGACAGCCAGGUCUGCAUGAUGGAAGGGUUGUAUACAGCUUUGGAAGACGCAUUCCCCACCCAGCUUCGAAAGCACAAGCGGGUGGCCCUGUUAUGCACAUGUUUUGGCUUCUUCAUCCUCGGAAUCCCGAUGGUCACCCAUGGCGGCUCUCACUGGCUGACGCUGAUCGACGCGUACGGCGCUUCGGGGUACGCCUUGCUGACGGUCGUCUUCUUUGAAGUCGUCGGCCUGUCCUGGGGCUUCGGAGCCGAUCGUGUCCGGGCCGCCAUUAAGGAGAUGAUCGGGAUCCAGGUUCCGCUCGUGUUCAAGAUCCUCUGGAAGUACCUGUCCCCGUUGACCGCCUUCUUGUUGUUCUGGUUCUGCGUCUACUACUACGAGCCCCUCAACUACCCCGACCAGCGCCCGUAUCCGCUCUGGGCUAAUGUGAUUGGCUUUAUGUUGUCGUCGUGCUCGAUGGUGGUCAUCCCCGGAUGGGCCAUCUACUACCUAUUCACGCACAACAAGCAUCUCCGUCUCAGCGAGCGCUUCUGGCGAUCGGUGCGCGUGCCCGAGAGUGCGGUGCAGGCCGGGGGCAAGAAAAGCAUCCAGGAGCUGAAACCUUUGGCUCUC